GGCGCGCUUGGUCUCUCAGACGCUACCGAACGCCGGUACGGUGCUGCACGGUCUGCGCUCUUUCUUCUUCGCCGUCCAACGAGGGAUUAGAGAAAGAAAGAGAUACGCAAGUAGUCGCUAAUCAUCGCGUAGGACCCCCUAAGAAGAGUCCUCGCGCCACCCUUUUACUUUUUUUUUUAUUCUUCCUAUCGUUAUCUGACACGCACACACACACGCACACACACACGCACACACACACGUGGAUUAUAGAAAGAGAGCGCGGUCCUCCUUUCGUCAUGAGUUAUUGAAAGCUUCCGAAAGAAAGGAAUAGAUAGAUAGAGCUACCAUUUAAAAGGGGAGAAGAACAGGGCGAAGAGAUCGAGGAAUACUCUUUGCCUCUCGCCGAGAUGAAGAAGAACCGUGUUUUAUUAAAGAGUGCGUUGCUCUUCUUGCUGAUCGGCGCUGAUCUACUCGUUGCUGCAUCCGAGAACGACGAUUUGGUAUUCGAUCAAGAUGGUAAACAACCGAGCUUGCAAAUUCCCUUGAUCGAGAAACACGAGGAGCCAUCGAUCUUUCACAGGAUAAAGACAAGGAUUGCUCAUUUUUUCGAUUCUUCUACUACUAGUCCUAUUUUUGGCAGUGGCGGCGGCAACGCUUCUACUGGCGGUACUACGACGACGGCAUUGCCGACAGGAGACGUUGAGAAAAAUGAAGAGAAUACGGGUGUUCGGCCUGCCGCCGACAAUUUCACGACGUUCAGCGACGUUUCCAACGCGAAGAAGAGCAACACCGAUCGAAAUUUCGAGAGACUCGUUCGAGACAGCCAAGAAGAGGAAUACAUCGACGAUAAGCAGGAGAACGAGAUCGGCGACGCGGCGGAGGGCCGAAGGGCUCCACAGAAUUACGUAAAUUCCGACGACGAAGACCUCGUGGGAUCUGGAGAGAUCGAGGGUAGCGCCACGGACUCGUACUUUUCUCCAGCCGUCACGGGGCUCCCAAAAACCGACGGAAAAGCUCGAUUUUAUCGAAUCACUUUGACGGUUGGCGAGCCAUACAGAAGAGAGUACGCCGAUAGAAACAGCAAAGAGUACAAGGAGCUAAGCGGCAAUUUAACUCAGGCUUUGGAAGAACUAUACGCUCGUCGUAUCCCACAUUACGAUUACAUCGCCAACGUCAUUAAAAUAUCACCGACGUCCGACGCGUUUACGUCUCAAGUCACCCUCGACAUAGGAUCUACCUUUACGGACGAGUUGGAGGUACGGGAUAUCCUGGAAAAACAGUUGCAGUAUCACUCUUUGGGAAGCAUCCAAGUCGGUCCGGAGGGAUUCACUUUCCGACAUUUCUUAGGGAAGGAAAGAGUAUUGCCGGAGUGCGACCAAUCGAGCGAAUUAACGUGUAGAAACGGCGAAUGCGUGCCGUUAGAUUCGCGGUGCGACGGUGUCGAUCAAUGCGAGGAUGGAUCCGACGAGCUCGAUUGUCCCUCCAACGUCUCGACCCUGCGUCCGUCAACGACGGACGUUGUAGACGUUACCGAACAAGGAGGAUGGUCCUCGGCUACGGAGACUACGUCGAAAUUCGAGGACCGGACCCCGACGGAGGAGGAGGAGGAGGACGAGGAGGACGAGGAUACUACGACGUUGAGAGGAGUCUCGAACAAAUGUCGCGCCGACGACGUCGUGCGCUGUCAGGACAGAAGCCGAUACAUUUGUUCGGUACAGAAAUGCGACGGCGUGCCGGAUUGCGAGGACGGAGCCGACGAAGUCGGAUGUCCACAUUCAGGUUGCAAGUUUGGCGAAUUCGCUUGCGACGUGCGGAGGUGCAUUCUGGAAUCUCAACGUUGCAACUUUGUUGAGGAUUGUCAAGACGGAAGCGACGAACACGAUUGCAACUACCCUGCGUGCACCUCGAACCAGUUCAAAUGCAAGAACGAAGAGUGCAUCGACGGAAGCAAGCAUUGCGACGGAGUUCCGGAUUGUCGAGACAGAUCGGACGAGUACGAUUGUCCAUGCAAAGAAGACAAAUUCGAGUGCUCGGCCGGUUACUGCGUGGCCCUAUCUCGUCGCUGCGACGGAUACGCCGAUUGUUCCAACGGAAAGGACGAAGAGAAUUGUAUCGAUACGACAAGAUGCCGAGAGGACGAAUUCAAAUGCGACAGCGGUACGUGCGUUGACAAGAUGGCAAGAUGUAACGGACGCUUAGACUGCGACGAUCGUUCCGACGAAUAUAAUUGCACUGUGACGACUUGCAGCAGCGAUCAGUUCCGUUGCACCGACGGUACCUGUUUGAGCAUCGACAAGAGAUGCAACGGCAUGGACGAUUGUCGCAACGGCGAGGACGAAAAUCAAUGCGGUUGCGGGGAUGCAGCAUUUCGGUGCACGGACGGCCGAUGUAUAGGCUACGAGUUGCAGUGCAACGGGCUGAACGACUGUUCCGAUGGCUCGGAUGAGAGGGAUUGCGGUUUGGCCCCCUGCCCUUCCAUGGACUUCACCUGUGGCGAUGGCUCUUGCAUACCGAAGAGUACGGUCUGCAACGGAUUCGACGACUGCCCGAGGGCAGAAGACGAGCUUAAUUGCGACCAGGAAUGUACGCCAACGCAGUUCAAAUGUCUCACCGAGAACAAGUGCAUCGAGGGUAUCUACAGAUGCGACGGCCAUCCGGAUUGUCCAGAUCGCAGCGACGAGGACUGCGCUAACGAUACGAUUAAACAUACCAGCCUGCCUACGACAGACCGAACCUGGCCAGGAUGGGAGACGAGCAAGAAAACGAAGGAAUGCGAUCCUAAUCGUGAAAUGCGCUGCGACGACGGCAAGUGCGUGCUUCUGAAACGUAAAUGUGACAAUAUCUUCGACUGUCUCGACGGUACCGACGAGCGCGGUUGCGGAAUCUGCACGCCUGCCGAGUGGAAAUGCGCCAGUGGCGAGUGCUUGCCAGAAAACGAAAGAUGCGACGGGAUACGCAAUUGUGCCGAUGGAUCCGACGAGUCUGGAUGUGUCACUGAAUGUCCGGCUGGAAAGUUUCGAUGCAAGGACGGAUUGUGCCUCGACAGUAAGAAACGUUGCGAUGGACGAUCGCACUGCUUGGACGGCUCCGAUGAGAUCAAUUGCCAAUGCCCGAUUGGGAAGCGACCUUGCGACAACGGCGUGUGCAUCGACGAGAGAUUCUUCUGCGACGAAAAUUUCGACUGUCUGGACCACAGCGACGAACGCGACUGCCCAACCGACGAAGCGACCAACCAAGGGGGCUCCUCUUCCAGGGAGGAAUGUCGCGGCGAGGAAUUUGCCUGCACCGACGGAACUUGCAUACCCCGAGCUUACGUCUGCGAUGGUCGACCCGAUUGCCGAGGGGGGGCGGACGAACGCGACUGUCCCUCUCAGGGAUGCGGACAAGAUCAAUUCCAAUGCAGAACUGGCGAUUGCAUUAGAAUCGACCAAAAGUGCGACAGACGUAUCGAUUGCGAAGACGGCUCGGACGAACCUGCCGAGUGUGAGACAACUCUCGAACCGGGACCGGGUGGUCAUCCUAUGCCAGGUCGUUGCCCUGCUGGUCAAUUCCAAUGCGUUUUGGAUAAGGCCUGCGUUCCCAUCUCCUCCGUUUGCAACGGCAUUCCCGAGUGCAGAGAUGCCACCGACGAAGACAAUUGCGAUUACGUCGAGGACUGUUCGUCGGACGAGUGGAGAUGCGAGAAAGGUGGUUGCAUUUACCUCUACCAACGUUGCGACCAAUCAGUCGAUUGUCUCCUCGACGAUAGCGACGAGAUCGGCUGCACCAAUUAUACGCUUACCGAGAAAAAUAACAGUAGAUGCGAGCCAUACGAGUGGAGAUGCAAGAACGGCCAGUGUAUACCGUUGUCACGACGAUGCGACAAAAGGUUCGACUGUCCUACGGACAUGUCCGACGAAUUCGACUGCAGUUACGAUUUUAGUCAAACCGGUGGAUCGAGCGGCCUGAACUUGAAAACUUAUCCGAGCGAGCAAGUGAUCAAAGAGAACCCGGCGAAGCAAGGCCGCGAGGUCGUCUUCCAAUGCCGUGACGAAGGUCCUCUGCGUGCAAGAGUACGCUGGUUCCGCGAUAAUAAUCUUCCUCUGCCGCCUGCCAGUCGAGAUCUAAAUGGUAGAUUGGAAAUACCAAACAUUCAGCUCGAUCAUGCGGGAACUUACAUUUGCGAAGCGGUGGGCUAUCCUCCAUCCACGCCAGGAAGUCGGCUUACCGUAAAUCUCACCGUUGAGAAGUUCGAGGAACCCGCAACGAGGCCCCCACAAGUUUGUCAAUACGAUCAGGCAACUUGCAGCAAUGGAGAUUGCAUUCCUAAAUCGUACGUCUGUGACGGAAAAUUCGACUGCACGGAUGGCUCCGACGAGAUGAGAUGCAAUCCACACGGAUGCGAACCCAACGAAUUUCGAUGCAACAACAAGCAGUGCGUGAGCAAGCUUUGGCGUUGCGACGGCGAGAGGGAUUGCGCCGACAACAGCGACGAAGAAAAUUGUACACCGGCUCCACCUGGUUCGCCAUGCCGUUAUAACGAAUUCUCUUGUGCGUCCUACGACCAAUGUAUACCAAAGAUUUAUCAUUGCGACAGAGAACGGGAUUGUCUCGAUGGUAGCGACGAGCUUGGCUGCUCUCCCGUCUACAUCGUCAAACCACCACCGCCGAUGGUAGUCCUUGAACCAGGUAGUCUCAUGGUACUCACGUGUACGGCUAUCGGUGUACCCACUCCAGAGAUAAUUUGGCGACUAAACUGGGGACACGUACACUCGAAAUGUACUUCUACUUCCGUAAACGGAACCGGAACAUUAACGUGCCCCGAUAUACAGCGAGAAGACUCGGGCGCUUACUCCUGCGAAGCUUUGAAUCCAGCUGGCUUCGUAAUAGGUCAACCGGAUGCUAUUUUGGUGGUAAAAGAGCCGAAAGGCAUUUGCCCCAAGGGAAUGUUCAACAACGAGGCGCGUACCCUCGACGAGUGCAUAUCUUGCUUUUGCUUCGGGGUGGCCACCGAGUGUCGUAGCGCCAAUUUGUUCACUUAUCAGAUCCCACCUCCGUUCGAAAGUCACAAGAUUCUGUCGAUUCAAACCGAAUCGGAGAUACGCAUUUACGGCGAUAUCAAAGACGACAUAUCCGAGAUUAGGCCCAUCGGACGAGACGGCAUUGAAUUGAUCGAAUCCUACAGCAGCGAAAUGAGUAGCUACAAAAUACCCUACUAUGCUUUAUCCGAGAAUUAUCACGGUAGUCAAUUAAAGUCUUACGGUGGUUAUCUGACUUAUACGAUUCAUUACAAUGGCAACGGAGCACCGAACAAUGCGCCUUCAGUCAUUCUUAGCGGUAACAAAUACAUACUCGUCCACAAGGGCAAACAUAUCCCUCCCGACUACGAGACGAAAGAAUCCGUCAGAUUUUUCUACGGCGAGUGGUACAAGCGUCAAGGUAGCAGCGAGCUCCUGGCAUCCAGAGAAGAAAUAAUGAUGACCCUAGCAAACGUCGACAAUAUUCUUAUCAAGGCAAAGUACGAAAAUUCUCCGCAAUUGGACGUGCGUAUCACCAACAUCGUCAUGGACACCGCCGACGCGCGCAAUACCGGAUUGGGAUCCGCGAAUUACGUGGAAGAGUGUCAAUGUCCUACCGGAUACACCGGGCUUUCCUGCGAGAGCUGUGCACCAGGAUACCUUCGACGCGAGAGCGGACUAUGGCUUGGACAAUGUUACCGAGACGAGGCACCCUGCGCCCCGGGAUACUACGGAGAUCCUUCGAGAAAUAUACCUUGCCAGCUUUGUCCAUGUCCGCUGACCAAUCCAUCGAACCAAUUUACGCGAAAUUGUCAUCUCGGAUCGGACGGUGAGCCCACGUGCGAUUGUCCAGCCGGAUACGUCGGUCGAAGAUGCGAACAAUGCGCCAUUGGCUAUCAAGGAAAUCCUCUAAUUCCUGGGGAUAUGUGCGUACCCGUCGAACAAUGCGAUCCCGACGGUAGCAUCAGUCCGAACGCCGAUCCGUAUACUGGAAAAUGUCGUUGCAAGCAAUACGCAACGGGUCUAACGUGCGAUCAAUGCAAGGCAAAUACAUUCAGCUUAGGCUCUAGGAAUCAAUUCGGAUGCAUAAGUUGUUUCUGCAUGGGUACUACGAAUAAAUGUGUUGCAUCCAACUGGUACAGAAACGAGAUUCACGUGUCGUUUACUAAUUCCAUACGAGGAUUUAGUCUAAUAGAAUCUAAGACAACCGACGUUCCCAUAGUAAACGGUAUUCGACUCGAUACGAUCAGUCGCGAGAUAGUCUACAGCGAUUUUCAUAAUCGUGGUAGUAAUGACGUAUAUUAUUGGCAAUUACCGAAUAUUUUCCUCGGCGAUCAGAUAACGUCGUAUGGUGGUAAUCUUAAAUAUACCGUUCGGUACGUCCCAUCUCCGGGCGGUCAAAGUUCCAAAAACAAUGCUGCGGACGUUGAAUUAAUUAGCGCAAACGACAUUAAAUUGCUGUACUAUUCGCGAAAAUCCCCCGAACCGAAUUCCCAGCAAUCGUUCACCGUUCCGUUGCUCGAACAAUAUUGGCAACGUGCCGACGGAACCAUAACCGACAGAGAACAUCUUUUAAUGGCAUUAGCGGACGUACGAGCAAUCAAUAUUAAAGCAACUUACACGACCCACACCGACGAGGCGGCGCUCUCUUCGGUUUCCCUCGAUACGGCGGAGAAACAUAACACUGGAAAGUCAAGAGCCGUCGAAGUCGAGGAAUGCAGUUGUCCCGUUGGAUACAAGGGACUCUCGUGCGAAGAUUGCGACGUUGGAUAUACGAGGGCCAUGGAAGGAUUAUAUCUUGGAAUUUGCGAGCCUUGUAAUUGCAACGGACACUCGAAUCAGUGCGAUCCAGAAACCGGAAUGUGCGAGAAUUGCGCCGACCAUACUACCGGAGAAUUUUGCGAAAAAUGCGAACCUGGAUACAGAGGAGACGCGACUCGUGGCACUUCCAACGAUUGCGAACGCGAGGAUGAACCGGCAUCGUGCCAAUGCAACCAAGCUGGAUCUCGUAGCGCCUCGUGUUACAAUAAUCGUUGCGAAUGCAAGAGAAACGUCGAAGGACCGGAAUGCAACAGAUGUCGUCAGGGUACUUUUGGAUUGUCCACUGAAAAUACGGACGGCUGUAACGAAUGUUAUUGCAGCGGCGUGACCAAGCAAUGUCACGAAAGUUCCCUCUACGUUCAGCAAAUACCAAUAUGGGUUUAUGAUUCCCAUCAUGGAUUUACCCUUACCGAUGCGACUAGGCAAGACGUUAUAGACGACGGCUUUGAUUUGAACGUUGCCAUGAACGAAAUUGGAUAUCGCUAUCCCGAUAAUCGUAGCCGUAGACUGUUUUGGUCUUUGCCAUCCGCUUGUACCGGAAAUCAAGUCAAAAGCUACGGGGGUAAUUUAAUUUUGACUCAGCAUAUCACUGCACAGCCUGGAGCGCAGAGCUACAAAGAUCAAGACGUUUUACUCAUCGGAAAUGGCAUCACGUUGUUUUGGACUAAUCCAACCGAUGUUUUGCCGGAUAUACCUUUGACUUACUCCGUUCCACUGAGAGAAUCAGAAUGGAAACGUUUGACGACUGCCGGUCCACGUAGCGCUUCUCGUACGGAUAUGAUGACGGUUCUUUCCAAUAUCGAAGCUAUUCUAGUACGAGCUUCUCAUAGCGAUAGGAUGACGGCAACUUACAUAAGCGAUAUUAGUCUCGAUACAGCGGUAGAAAAUUUCACUGGACACAAAAGAGCGACUCAAGUCGAAGCGUGUCGUUGUCCGCCUGGUUACCUUGGUACGUCUUGCGAAAUUUGUGCUCGCGGAUACUAUAGGGAUACCAGUGAUAGAGCCAUCAGCGUUCUUGGCUCUUGCAAUCUCUGUCCGUGCAAUAACAACGAAGAAAGUUGCGAGAUUAAUAGGUCUGGACAUGUCAAGUGUAAUUGCAUACCAGGAUAUACGGGAGAAAAUUGCCAAGAUGUUGUCGAGUAUCCUCCUCCGACAAGUCCAUCAACGCCAACGAUUACUCCACCAAGAAUCGUUGUUUUCGUACAAGAACCAGAAUUCCAAAUUGUUCAUACUGGAAAUACCGUUAGAUAUCAUUGCAGCGGUAGAUCGCUCGACAACGGUUCUUUGAAUAUUCGUUGGGAGAAAGAAGGUGGUCAGUUACCAUCUGGCAGGAGCGUAGACGAUUCUCACGGAGUCUUAAUCAUUAGAGAUGUCAAAGUGUCCGACAGCGGUAUAUACGUUUGUCAAGUUAGCGACGGAAUAAAUAUUGGCAUUAAGAAAGUUACUCUUACAGUGGGAGCUUUUCCAAAAAGUUUGUUAGAAAUACCAGGAGCAAAUCCGGUGAAACCUCGAGUCGUCAUUAUGCCACCAUACCUCGAAGUUAAAGAAGGAGAACCGGUGGAAUUCCAUUGCGAGGCUAAUGGUAAUCCUCCUCCGCACGUAGAAUGGAUUCGACUACAUGGAAGCAUAAGCUCCGAGUCUUCGUUCCGUAAUGGCGUUUGGAGGCUCCCAGCUGCCUCGAGGAAUGACGCGGCCGAAUAUAAAUGCAUUGCUAGAAAUAAUGUCGGAGUAGUCGAACAAACGACGAUUCUUUACGUUAGAGAGAAUCCGGAAGGGCCUUCGGCUACUGGUUCGGCACCUAUUAUAACGCCCGCCGAAUGGGUUGGGUAUAGCGGAGAUGUCGUUAGACUAACUUGUACUCCAUCACAGAAUGCUAAUCUAACGUGGAUCCGAUCCGAUGGCUUAUCUCUCCCUUACUCCGCGACUCAGCACGACGGUAUUCUGAUGAUCAAUAAUCCAACGGUUAACGAUUCCGGUAUAUAUGUCUGUAUCGCCAUCAGUUACAAAGGAACGGAAACUAAUUCUACCGCUAGAAUAAUGAUCGUUCCACGAAGAGAUCCACCGUCGGUCAAAGUCAAGCCCGAGAGACAAAUAAUCUCUCAAGGAACGUCGACCGAAAUACGUUGCGUUACGAGCGGAGAACCGGGUCUACAAGUGAAAUGGAGCAAAUUUUCCGAACCGAUGAAUCCGCACGUUCAACAAGUCGGCGAUACCCUGCGAAUUAUCAAUGCACAAGUUUCCGAUCGAGGCGUUUACAUUUGUCGAGUCAGUAGUCCCAUAGGCAGCUACGAAGCUAGUGCUAUCGUCGAAAUUGAACCUCGUGAAAGCCCAGUUCUGGAACUGUACCCGAAAGAUGUUCAACCCGUCACUCUCGGGGGCUCCACCGAUUUGCUAUGUCGCGCCACCGCUGGUCUUCCGCUUCCCGAGAUCCGUUGGUCUCGCGAAGACGGUAGACCAUUUGCUCCAAAUAUCGAACAACUUCCUGGUGGAUUGUUAAGGUUCUCUAACGUUACGAUCAACGAUGGCGGUUCUUACGUGUGCUCGGCCACGAAUGAAGUUGGCUCGACGUCUGCGAUAGCUCAUAUCGAAGUACAGUCCAUACCCGUUAUUACGAUCGAACCAAGGUCCGGUAUUUUGCAAGUCAAACUCGGAGAUAAAGUGCGAUUAACUUGCAGCGCUGUAGGCCAUCCACAACCAAAUGUUGCCUGGAGUAAACACGUCAACGGAUUGGCCACGUACGACGCGUAUAGCAGAACUGCUGCUACCCCGUUGAGCGCGGUAUACGAAAUUUUAUCCGUUUCUACCGACGACGAAGGAUCUUACUCUUGUCAAGCGUCCAAUUCGGUUGGCAUCGUCGAGGAUCGUGUUUUAAUACGCAUCGAGGACAACGACAUUGAUUCUAUCCCUUGUAGAGGCGAUAUGCCGUGCAAUACUGGUCAAACGAAUAACGAUAACAGAUAUUCCAAUGGCGUAUUAAUUCCCGAAGAUUUUCUCAGAAUUCCCAAUGGCGGUAAAGUAGAAAUGCGUUGUCAAGUAAUUGCACCCGAUGGCGAUCAGAUUUAUCUUGACUGGAAGAGAAGCGAUCAUCGUGCCUUGCCAAAGGGUAGUACCGUUCAUAAUGGCGUUUUAAGCAUACCAGUGGUCGACAAGUAUUCCGCAGGAGAAUACAUCUGUCUUGGUUUAAAUCCCGCUGGCACAGUUAUUUUCAAAGCUAAAUCUCAUCUCGAAAUAAUAUCUCCGCCUAGAAUCGAGUUAAAUCCGACUCGUCAAACCGUUGGUCCUGGAAAAAAUCCUUCUAUAACUUGUACCGCGACUGGAGACGAACCUCUUCAUAUUCAAUGGGAAGCUAUAGGACGACCACUUCCACGUUCCGUGUCUCAUGACAUCGGGGUGUUGCAAUUCCACGGUAUAACGUAUUCCGAUGCAGGAAAGUAUGUUUGCAAGGCCAGCAACGAAGCAGGCACGGCCGAAGCGGUAGCGGAAGUUAUAGUCAACGAACAUUCUUACGACGACACAAGUAUUCGUGCCGCGCAAAGAGACAUUACGACGUAUUCAGGUAAUUCUGUACGUUUGCGUUGCGACAUCAGGGAGAGUGCUGUAAUAGAAUGGACCAGAGAAGGCCAAUUAUUGCCUUCGCACAGUCGAAUUGGUGAAAAUUAUUUAGAAUUAAUGCAAGUCAGACCGGAAGACAGCGGAAGAUAUAUUUGUAAAAUUCGUAACUCUCAUGGAGUUUCCAGCGAUUACAUUAAUUUAAAUGUUCAACUAGUUAAUUUGCUUGCGGAUUGCAUGCCAGUAUACCAAACGCAGUGCAGACCCGGGGAGUAUCAGUGCUACAACAAUCAACAAUGCAUUCCUUUGGAUUACUUUUGCGACGGCUAUGCUCAAUGCAACGACGGUACUGACGAACGCUUCUGCCGCAUCCCGCAAUAUCGCCAAUAUCUUCGAAGACUACGCGCUGCUGUUACACCUGCGCUUAGCAUCGAAGCAUCUCAAGAUCCUGUAAAUAUCGGAGAUACGGUCGAUAUACGUUGCGCGUGCUCGGGUACUCCUAAUCCGCGCUAUCGAUGGUCCAGACCAAAUCAUCCAGAUUUACCAUUGAACGCUCAAACGUAUGGAAAUAUUCUUAGAUUAUCGAAUGUAGCUGUUGGCGAUAGUGGCGUUUACAAAUGUACAGUAAUGACUCCGCAAGGCAUCUUUGAGGAAGAUUUCAAUCUCAUUGUACAUGGUGGAAAUAACGAUGGACCAGCAAUCGAAACUAAGUCUGCACCUUAUGGAUCCAGCAUCGAAAUGGAUUGCCAUGUUCAUCUUGACCCACCUAUUACGUACAAAUGGAACAAACUUGGUGGAUUUUUAUCUCAAAAUGCACAAACAUAUCAGAACAAAUUAAAACUGGGAAACGUUAAAGCCGAAGAUGCAGGAACAUACAUUUGUAUAGCAAACAAUGAUCUAGUAAAUAUAGAAGUACCGACUGUGCUCGUUGUAACGGGAGUCGUACCAAACUUUAGUCAAGCACCAGAAAGUUAUAUAACUUUGCCUCCACUACCCGAUUCGUAUCUCAAGUUCAAUAUUGAAAUAUCUUUUAAACCAGAGAAUUAUGACGGCAUUAUUCUAUAUAAUGCAGAAUUAAAUAACGGUAGCGGUGAUUUCAUUCUUCUAUCCCUAGUAGGAGGAUUGCCACAAUUCAAAUUUGACUUUGGUUCUGGAUCAGCUGUUAUAUCGGGAGAUACGCCAAUUACUCUGAGUCAGUGGCAUACGAUCAAAAUUCAACGCGUUAGAAGAGAAGUAACGAUGCUAGUCGAUGGUCAGGGAUCUUACAGAAGAGUUGCGAGCGGUCGAAAGCAAGGAUUAGAUCUUAAAGGACCGCUUUAUAUCGGUGGAGUUCCAAAUCACAGUAUCGACGUCAAAGAGGAUAUUACAAACAAUGGAUUUAUUGGUUGUAUCAGUAGACUAGUAAUCGGUGAAAAAGAAGUAGAUUUGAUCGAAGAUCAAACGGGUAACGUUGGAAUAACGACUUGCGAAACAUGCGCCGAAAAUCCAUGUAAUAAUGGUGGAGUUUGCCAGGAGGCAACUACAAAGAAUGGUUACAUGUGUCUAUGCAAAGCUGGAUUUAGUGGUAAACACUGUGAUUUUGUUGGAGAAACUUGCUACCCAGGUGCCUGCGGUGAAGGAAAGUGUAUGGAUAAGGAGACUGGUUUCGAUUGUUACUGCCCCAAUGGAAAAAUUGGUCCACGUUGCGAACGAUCGGUAAAGAUUAAUGAACCAGCUUUUAACGAUGACAAAGCUUUCAUUGCACACGAUACGCCGCCGAAGGCUCUUCGAAGGCUUAAAAUAGCUAUGAACUUCAAUCCCACCGACGAAGGAGAUGGAAUUUUGAUAUAUUGUUCUCAAAGCGAAGAAGGAGUUGGAGAUUUUGCAGCGCUUAUAAUAAAAGACAAGCACGUUGAAUUUUGCUACGACGUUGGCUCGGGUAUGGCCACGUUAAAAUCUAAUUACAUCGUACAGCCUGGAACAUGGACAUACGUCACGAUAAAUCGAGACUUCAAAGAAGCAAAAUUAUCCGUUAAUGGAGAACCAUUUAUAGAAGCAAGAUCUCCUGGUAUCGCACGUACCAUGACACUGAAUACACCCUUAUACAUUGGUGGCAUUGAUCGUAGAAAAAUAACAUUGAAUAAAAAUCUUAAUGUUGAUCGUAGUUUUCGUGGAUGCAUUAGCGAACUUGAAGUAGCUUCCGUUAGCCUGGAGAUUGUAAAAUCGGCGGUGGAUAUGGCAAAUAUCGAAGAUUGCUCUAUGCUUCAUCCGAAUCAGACGAUUCCACGUAAUACGCUCGUUACCCUUCCACCCAAAAAUUCACCAACAACUUUGUACGAUCCGUGCACAUCGAAUCCUUGCAUACACGGGUAUUGUCAGAGUUUAGGUUUGCGCGAAUAUUCCUGUACGUGCGAAUAUGGUUAUGCAGGAAGAAAUUGCGAAAAAGUAUUGAAACAAUGCGAGGUAUUUAUACCUUGUAGAAACGGCGGUACUUGCACCGAUUUACCUGGAUCUUACAAAUGCGAUUGUAGGCUUGGUUUUAAUGGGCAAACUUGUGAAAAAUUGGCAGAGAUCACUUACGACAUCGCGUUCAAAGGAGAUGGUUGGUUAGAAUUGGAAAGAUCGGUAAUGACGCACGAAGAAGAACGCGAAGUUUUGGGUUUCGAGAUAUCGACGAAUAAAACUAAUGGUUUAAUCAUGUGGCAUGGGCAGACGCCAAAUGAUUUCAAUCCCGAUGACUAUAUAUCUCUGGCAGUUGUCGAUGGUUACGUAGAAUAUCAAUACAAUUUAGGAUCAGGGCCAGCAGUUAUUCGCGUAACCGCUCAAAGAGUCGACGACGGGGAAAGACAUAGGAUCAUUUUAAAACGGCAAGGUAGCGAUGGUAGCAUCGAAUUAAACGGCGAACACACGGAAAGCGGGCUGAGCGACGGGUUACAACAAAUCUUGAAUACCAGAGGCAGCGUGUAUUUAGGAGGUGUACCUGAUUAUGCAAUGACAUACGGACGUUACCACGAAGGAUUUUCCGGUUGUAUUUACACUCUGGAAGUACAAGACUCAGGAGCUAUCGAUAUAGGAGAAAAAGCUAUUAGAGGAAAAAACGUUUCUCCGUGCACCAGAGUGAGAUGGAUUCCAUCUUCGUUGGUAUUUACGGACGCAGAUGCAGAUAUUUUUGACGCAUUUGUACCCCCACCUCCUGUAAAUAUUAUUCAUCCUAAACCUGCUGCAAAUGUAGCCACACGUAAUAUUAAAAAUUAUUUACUAAUGAUCGUGUUACAACACCUGAUUGCGAUGAAAAUAGAAAGUAGAAAUAUCAUCGUUAUUCAUACACUUUUUUACGUAGGUGCUAUUAAUAUAGCCAAAAAUUCAUUAAUUUAAGUAGACAAAUAUAUUUCAAUUUAUACAAUUUAUACGGUAUACUUAUAUUCCAAGUUUGUACUAAUGCAUAAAUGCUUGUAAUAUUUGUAUUUCCGUAAUUUUGAAAGAAAUGUGUCGAUAAUUAAUAAAUUUAUUAAUUAUUUAAUGCUUUAUCAACGCAAUCUGGACAAAUUUGACCGAACCAUGGUACGUUCGAUUAUUAGAUAGGCACAAUUAGAUGCUAACCAUAUUCGCUUUAUUUUCCCCUUUAUUAUGUUAUCAAAAAUAUAAUUAUAUUUUUAUCGAAGUGUGUACGUAUUUAAUAGCAAAAAAUACUUAUUUCACAGUGAUCCAGUUGACAACAUUUCUAUGCAUGGUGAUCUGCUAAGAAGACAUUAAGAGAUCUCUAUAUAUGAUACGAUCCUAUCUCAUUUUCCACCAAAAUUCAUCUUUCGAUAUUCAAAGCGGAUGUUCUUUUAUCAAAUGUUUUAAUGUUCUUCAUUACACUCUGUUUGACAAAAAACUAUACAUUUGUUUACGAUGUCAAACUAGGUAUUAUAUGCAAAUUUUAUAUAACAGCAAAACGUAUAGCAUUAUUGCAAUUUAAACAUUUUUCUACUUAAGAAAAGAUAAAAAUGAUUAAUUGAUGUCAAGAAAUUUAGAAUAUUCGAUUUAAAAAAAUGUUAAUAUCAAACCUGUAAUGGUUUGGACUAAUGAAAGUAUCUAAUUAAGAUUACACUCAUUCAUUGACAAUGGUAAGAAUCGUAACAGGAGUAGACAAAGUAAUUAUGAUUUUUGCUGAAAUAUUUUGUUUACAAUUAUGGUCGAUAACGUUAUUGCAAACUAAUAACUACUGAAAUAUUUUCAUUAAUAUAGUAGUUAUUUUUUAUUUGUAAUGAAAAUGAUUCCACCCGGGUAUGUCGUCAUGUUUUUUAC